AUGGGACAGGAUUCCCAUUUCCCAUCCCAAAAUCCCAAAAUCCCAUCCCAUCCCGAAAUCCCUGGGAUUAUCCUGUCCCAACGGUCAGCCUACUCCAUUGUAUACUCCCUUGGGGCCAUGAUCUGUUCUUUCUUCAUUGUAGUCCUAUCACUUUCUGCCUUGCGCCUCCGCUUUCCCCGAUAA